AUGGACCGCUCGUUCGGCGCGUCCACCUCGGUCCUCCACACCCCGUCCCCCCUCGACCGCCGCUCCGGCUCGACCACCCUCCUGAGCCACGCCCAGCUCGCCCAGUCGAUCUCACCCUCGGCCUUGUCCACAGCCGGCACCACCACCACCGUCCAGCCCCUGUCGUUCAACCCGGGCACCGUCCCCAUCCGCUCGACCACGUCCACCUUGACCCCGUCGUCGCUCAAGACGGUCCGCUUCUCGCCCGCCGCCGCACACUCGUCAGCACCCGCGAGCCGCAUCCAAGGGUUCGCCACCCCGCCGAGGACGUACAGCUCGCCGUCCCUCUUGCGCACCGCCGCCGCCAACAGCAGCGCCGCGUACGGCCUCGGCAGCAGCGCCGUCGCGACCCCGCCUCCCCAGACGGGCCAGGCCGACCAGCAGCAGCACCAGGGCCAGCAGGUGCAGCACCAGCAGUCGCCGCACUCGGCGUCCAAGCUCCGCCUGCCCCACCUCCCCGUCCAGGCCGCGCUCGCCAAGUCGUCCAGCGCCGUUCACGCCGUCCAGGACCAGCUCCACCACGCCGGCAACGUCGUGCACAGCGCCAAGCACAAGCUCGACGCGGUCCCGCUCGGGCGAGGCGAGACGGCGCGCCGGUUGAGGGUCAACGCCGUGCUCCUUGUCGCGUGGUGGGUGUCGAGCAGGACGACCGUCUACAGGUUCGCGGCAGGCCACCUCGUCGCUGCGGCCCCACAGCUCGACACGCCCCUGCACGUCUGCGAGACGCUCCUCCUCCUCCUCCUGUGCUACAACAUCAUCGACUCGCUGCGCACCCUCAACCAACUGUCGUCCCUCCCCUCGGCCUCGACCACGGUCGCGCCCAUCCCUGGCGCCUCUCCCUCCCGCCCGACCGCCCUGCGCGCCGCGUCCUCCUCGUCGUCGUUCGGCACCCCGGUCCGCUCGUCGCCCAAGACGCGCGCGUCGCCCUCGCCGUUCAAGGCCGGCGCCGCCGGGUCCCCCUCGACCGCGACCGCGACGACGCCCGGCGGCUCUCGCCUGCGCGGCACGCCCCAGUCGCCCUUCCGCGCCUCGGCACUCGCGUCGCCCUCGCCCCCGACGCCCCAGACCCCGACGAGCGCGCUCCGCAGCGUCGGCGGCGGCGGCAAGGGCGCAGACGGCGAGACGGCGGCGGCGGCGGCGGCGGCGGCGCUGCGGCGCUCGCUCGGCCGGUCGGCGGGCGCGCAAGGUGCGGGCGCAGGGUCGCCGAGCGAGGGCGCGAGCGAUGAGGUGAGCGUGGCGCUGCUCGCGUACGAGGCGAGGCACGCGGGCGACGUCUCGCUCGGCGGCGGUGGCGGUGGGGUCGACAGCCCGAGGUCGAUCAAGGUCGAGAGCAGGGAGGACGUCGAGCGGCUGUUUGGGUCGUCGGAGCAGCAGUAGCGGUGGGCGCGGGCGCAGUCGCAGGGCUAUUCAUCGAGCCGAGUCUCUCUGAAAACGAGGCGUUCUGCUUCUC